UGGCUGGCCCAAGUGGACCGUCUGGACUGAGGAAAAUGGGUCGCUGCCCGGGUCAAGGAUAAAAGCGGACCCGAGUUUCCAAUCAGCGCUUGGACCACUACUGAUCGAGAUACGUACCGCCUGAGGAUGAGCUCACUACUCACUGAGGCACAAACGGCGCUAUCCCUGUUUAGGUCGUUGAGUGACUCCAAGCUCCAAGCUUCAAGCUCCAAGCUCCCGAGCUCCCUGUCCCUCCCUCCCUCGACAUCUAUCCGGACCUCCCCAUCCAAUUGGCAACGGUCCUUCACUGGCAACCAUACGAAAACGGGAAGAUGCCGUCCAACACUCGAUCCGAAGACGCCGCGGAACGGCCCCUCUUGGCAGACCCCCAUCAUGAGUACGGCGGCACUGACGGGCCCGACCCUCCGGUGCUCAUCGCCGAGGAGCGCGGGGCUGGUACCUUUUCGAAAAACCUUGGCGCUGUCGAGGCGUUUGCCAUUGUCAUCAGCAUCGUUAUCGGCAGCGGCGUGUUUACCUCUCCAGGUUCCAUCGAUACAAAUGUUCCGUCACCCGGCGCCGCGCUGGUAGUAUGGCUUGUCGGUGGUGUUCUGGCGUGGACCGGUGCGAGUACCAUGGCCGAGCUGGGGACCGCGAUCCCAGGUGAAGGCGGCGUACAACCCUUCCUGCAGCACAUCUACGGUGACAUCUUUGGCUUCCUUGCCGCCUGGACCUGGAUUGUGGCCGUCAUGCCGGCCACCCUCGCUAUCCUCAGCAUCGUCUUCGUCGAGAGCAUCUACUCCGCCGGCGGGGUGACUGAUCAGGCCGGCGCUCUCUCGCACAAGCUGUUUUCGAUCCUGAUCCUCGUCGUCAUGAACGGUGCCAACUCCAUCAGCACCAAGGCCAGCACGCGCCUGAACAACUUGUUUGUCGUGACCAAAUUUACCAGUAUCUUUGCCGUUGUACUUGCAGGAAUCGUCGUCGUCAUCCUUCAAGUCUCAGACCAUGACCGUGAUGUUGGUGGUCGCGACUGGUUUAACAAGCCUUGGUUCGGGAACCGCAAGACGUCACUGCCGGGUGGCGGCGAGCUGGACUGGAAUAAGGUCGGUACGUGGGAUAUGCUUGGGUACUACUCGGCUGCACUGUACGGUGCUCUCUGGGCGUACUCUGGUUGGGAUAAGGCCGUCUACGUUUCUGCUGAGCUUCAGCAGCCGGCACGCCAGCUCCCCCUCGCCAUCAACACCGCCGUGCCGACAAUCAUUCUAUGCUUCAUCGCGGCCAACGCAGCGUACUACAUUCUCCUUCCCUGGGAUGUUGUGGCCGCGACCGACAGCGUGGCAGUCACUGCCAUCAACCGCCUCCUCGGCCCGAUCUUCGGCAUUGUCGCAGCCGUCCUCAUCUGCCUCGUCGUCGCGGGCUCCCUUCUCGGCAACUCCUUCGUCGCAGGCCGUAUGACCGUCGCCGCGUCAAACUUCAACUGGCUACCCAAGUUCCUCGGCUUCGUAGGCCGUGUGGGCUUCAAGUCGGAGGAGAGCUCACCAGCUGACUCAACGGACGAAUCCUCCGGACCCGCGCACGCAAGGUCCGACGCGCCGCUCAAUGCGCUCUUGCUCUCGACAAUCCUCUCGGCGCUGUACAUUCUGUUCGGCAACUUCCGCGCUCUGUUGACGUUCAACGGUCUGGGCGAGUACACGUUCUUCUUUUUGACGGUUCUGGGUGCGGUUAUCCUGCGCGUUCGGGAGCCGAAGCUGCGGAGACCGUAUAGGCCGUUUGUGCUGAUCCCGAUUGUCUUUGCGCUGGUCAGUGGGCUUGUGGUUGUGAGGGGCGCCAUCUUUGCUCCCGUACAAGCGCUCAUCUUGAUCGUUUUGUGGGUUGUCGGGCUUGGGUUUUAUUGGGCUAGGAGGAAGUAUUAUGCCCAUUGCAACCGGGCCGACCAUUGACCAAACGGCUAGCACGAUGUGUACCAUUUACUGAAGCGGAAGCGGUUAUCGACGGCCAGCAAUUUGGAUUUAUCUAGGCAGAGUACCUGCGAGAU